CCGCUGAUGUAGGAGGAGACGCUGCUGUCAUCUGCAAAAAAAAGUGGCAUAAUCCAUUUUUAAAGGCAACGGGCUUUUCCCCCCACUUCCAGGAAUUUUAUUUUUCUACAAGUGCUGUGACCGAGCGCUCCCUUUGACACUGAGGGGAAUGUUUUUGACGUUAUUCAAUUAUUGAAGCAGUGACGCUUCAUUCAGCCGAGCGGACAGCGAUUCCUCCUUUUCUGAGGAGGAAUCUCUUUUUCCUCCAUUUGAAGGGGUGGAUAAGGCUGGAGAGAGGGGGAAAUAGGAAAAGUGGAUGUCGCGACUCUGCGAUCUGUCCCGUUUUCACCGGGACCCGUGUUGGUGGUGAGCCGCCGCGGAGCUGUUGUGGGAGUGUCGCACGUACGCGAGGAUAGUUUGCCCUGGAUUUUUCAAUCAUUUGCGAGAUAAGGCUCCCGGACCUCCUCCUCCUCCUCCUCCUCGUCGUCUUCGUCGUCGACGACGCUGCCCUCCCUUCCUCAUCCUCCCGGUUUUUUCUUCCUCUCUUACCUCCGUGAUUUUGCCGCGGUCCGCACGCGGGGUAGAGGCUCGCGCUCACCGCGAGAGGACUGAACGCAGCGCGCGAGGCCCCCCGGCCCCCUCCCCCACUCUCAAACCCCCUUCAGAUCAUCUCCUCACCUCCCUUCUCAUUUUUUCCCUUCUUCUUCUUAAUAUUUUUCCUCAGAGGAGGAGGAUUGGGGGGAUUAUUUCAUUUUUACCCGCCUUUUUUCCAGCGGCCACCCGAGCCGAGUGAUAUUUUUGUGUUUUUUUUCUUGUUUCUGAAGCCCCGACGAGGCCGGGCUGUGUACAGUAAAGCAGUGGGGAUGACUUUAGAGUCGAUGAUGGCCUGCUGCCUGAGCGAAGAGGCCAAGGAGUCGAAACGAAUCAACGCCGAAAUCGAUAAGCAACUGCGUCGAGACAAGCGCGACGCGAGAAGGGAGUUGAAGCUGCUCUUGCUCGGCACGGGUGAGAGCGGCAAGAGUACGUUCAUCAAACAGAUGCGUAUCAUCCAUGGCGCCGGAUACACAGACGAAGACAAACGUGGAUUCACAAAGCUGGUGUACCAGAACAUCUACACCUCCAUGCAGGCCAUGAUCCGCGCCACUGAGACCCUGAAAAUCGGCUACAAGUAUGAGCAGAACAAGGCGAACGCCAUGCUGGUGAAGGAGGUAGACAUUGAGAAGGUGUCGUCAUUCGACCAGCCCUACAUUAAUGCCAUUAAGAUGCUGUGGUCAGAUCCAGGCAUUCAAGAGGCCUACGACAGACGCCGAGAGUACCAGCUGUCAGACUCCACAAAAUACUAUCUAUCUGAUCUGGAUCGUAUCGCCGAACCCUCCUACCUUCCCACCCAGCAGGAUGUUCUGAGGGUUCGAAUCCCGACCACGGGGAUUAUUGAAUACCCGUUUGACCUUCAAAGCAUCAUUUUCAGGAUGGUUGAUGUAGGAGGUCAGAGGUCAGAGCGCAGGAAGUGGAUCCACUGUUUUGAGAAUGUGACGUCCAUCAUGUUUCUGGUGGCUCUGAGCGAGUACGAUCAGGUUCUGGUGGAAUCAGACAAUGAGAAUCGUAUGGAGGAGAGCAAGGCUCUGUUCAGGACGAUAAUCACAUAUCCAUGGUUCCAAAACUCUUCUGUCAUCCUCUUCCUAAACAAGAAGGACCUGCUAGAGGAGAAGAUCUCCUACUCCCACCUGGUUGACUAUUUCCCAGAGUUUGAUGGGCCCCAAAGGGACGCCCAGGCAGCACGGGAGUUCAUCCUGAAGAUGUUUGUGGAUCUGAACCCAGACAGCGACAAGAUCAUCUACUCACAUUUCACCUGCGCCACUGACACGGAGAACAUCCGCUUCGUGUUCGCGGCGGUGAAAGACACCAUCCUGCAGCUAAACCUGAAGGAAUACAACCUGGUGUGAGACGUGCGACGAGUCCGACACAUGAAUCAGCAUAGAACAGGCACCCACAGAGCGUGCGCACACCUACGUCCACACACCACACACACACACACAUACACACAUAUACACACACACACACAUAUGCGUCAAGUACACUUUCAGAAACACAUGGUUCUUUUGAUUUCUCGUUCCCAGCUUCCAGAGUUUUUCUCUUUCUGUCCAGCGGAAUCAUAACGGACGUGUCCUGCUCAUCAUUCGUUUUUUUAUUCGUUUGCCAAAGUCUGUCUGCUCAUCGUCAAAGGCCUCUUUCCCUUUUAUCAAAUUUGACCACCAGUGGCUCGGAUUUGACAAAGGGCGUUAGACUCCGUCUCGCCGCUCCAACGUUCGUGUAUUUCAAGGAAAUGUUGGAUUGGCGGAGCUUUGAUGAGAAUGAUCUGUGAUUCGCUGGCCUGAAAAACUGGAAGUGACGUUUCUUCCCCUUUUUCCUUACCGUCACUCCAAUCACGUCAUCUGCUCCGAGCGUUUCUCGGGAAUUCUGCCUGGAUGAAUGGAAAAAUGUGGUUUUCACAGCCCUGCAAAAAGACAAAAAAAGAAAAAAAAAAUCACAACAUAUUUACAUACUUGUACAUGGACACAUGGACUAGUGCUGUGGUGCCGGAAGUUCCGAAACGGAUCCUUCCGAGGAUUCCGGCGGAUUCUAGAAUCCAGUGGAUUCCAGCGGGUUCCACUGACGGUGUGGAGAACCUUUCACUCGCAGAGAUGAUUCUCUCGACGAGGCUAGUCUUCAACUCGCAUCGAUGAAUGUAAACUUCAUGUGAGAGCAUCGCAAAUGCAAAAAAAGAAAAACAUCAAAAAAUCCGAAAAAAAAAAAUGAUAAUGAACGAAAAAUAGUGUAAGAAUGCCUAUAUAAGCAAAACGAUACAAAGCACGCGAGGGAGAGAUGAAACUAAUUAAAUCUGUGUAUAUUGCUGAGAUGAUCAUUUUAAAAACUUUUUAAUGAUAAGUAACUAUAGCUACUUCUACUGCUACCGAAUAUAAAGUAAAUUAUAACAGCAGUCGAAUUAAUAAUGAUGGGUAAGAGACAAAGUUAAGGUUUUUAAAUGUGCGCAAAACAGGAUUAUACAUUUACGAUAGGUAUUGUUCUGCAGAUUUCCACAUUUAACGUCGAAAAUGAUUGCAUUGCUUCCUUCCCCCAACAGUCGUUAGGUUUUAUCCUGGUUUUAAUUUGCAAUCUAAAAAAGUAGUUUCGAAGUGCGAUCUUUUUUCGCUCGUGAACAGAUACUUUAUUAAUCAGAAUCCAAGCCGCAGACUCGCGGGUAUCGUCGCCAUCUAGUGGCACGGAUGCACACAAUUCAUUCUUUGUUUACGCUGUUUUUUUUUUGUUUUUUUUUUUUAAAUUGUCAUAACGUAAGUUCGGACGACAAUUUCAAGAAUUUCGCACGAGUUAUGGUGGGAUCGCGGGAGGACGGGGUUGGGGGGACAGGAUAGCAUUUAUGCGCUGAAGUUAAUUGAUUGUGUAUAUUUAUAUUUGUAAAUACGUAUACACAUUAUUGCUUAUGUACAAAACGUCUGUGGUACACUAUCUUUGGCAAAAAAAAAAAAAGAAAAAAAUCACUUUUUCGUAAUUGUGUACGGUUCUGUUGGUUUUCUUAUGAAUUACAAUAUUAUUGAUACUGUGAUUCUUCGUUUUAAUUUUUGAUUUUUCUUUUUUUGGUCACUAUGAAUACGUCAAAUGAUAUACACAUAGCUGUACCUGACGGUAACGUGCGGAGGACGGAUGUGAUGAGCAAUUUGAUUUUUCGAAAACGUUUGGAAACAUCGGAUAGGUAAACGGCCUCCUCUACGGUGUGAAUGUUAUAUAAGAUACUAAAUAAAAAUAUGAUUUUUAAGCAAAAGAAAAAAAUAAUUAAAGAACGUUUUAUUUAUAUAAUUUAUGGACCAGAUCUGAAGUUGUUGAUAAUUUGAAUGCUUUUGUUUCCUCUUUUCCUAUUUGAAGCACUCCCAUGUUAUGAGACAGAAAUAGGAGACUAGUGUCUGUACUGCUGUAUAAACCUCCGUUAUGGAUAAAAUUAUCAGCUUUUUUUAUUUUUUUUAUUUUCUGUUUUAGUUUUUGUUCCCAAACACACAAUAUAUUGUACUAUAAAUAUUUUUCCCUACCCACACUUUUCACUUUCCUACAGAUUACUUUUUUUUUUUUUUUUAAUUUCCAAAUGUUUAGGUGAAGUGCUUAUAAAACAAACAUAGGAAAUGAUGUACCAUAUGAAAAUAGACAGCUUUUUAUCUGUGAUUGAAGAUCUAUUUGGUCGACGCUUGCAAGUAGUGACUUCUGAUUUCAUUUCAAUUUUGUUAUAAAUUCACAGCUUGUUUCCUUCAUUGUGUACGUGAUGCACAGAUAGAAAAAAAAGUGUUCUACGGUUCUUUUACAGUCGAUAUUUUAUACAGGUGAUGUAUUCAUUCAUUUUCAUCAAGGGCUACGAAAAACACGCCACAUGAAAACCAGAAACGAUCGGUCACAGCUCAGAAGUGUGUGAUUCGGUACCGGGGGGAAACGCGAUCAGAAAUGCACCCAUUCCACCAAACGCUCAUGCAUUAUUCAUUGUUUUAUCACUUUUGCUGCCAUGCAUCUGAGUUCUUCACUUGCCACGGUCGCCGGACGCUCUACUAGAGAAGCGAAGUCCCAAACGCUUUCUUGAUGGAUAUAAAACCUGACGUGUUAUUUGUAAACUGAACCCGUGUAAUUCAGUGUUUAAGUGGGGUUUAGAAAUGUCACACCAUUUUGUAAAUCCUGCAGUGUUUUCUUCAUGUUCGUAGUGAGUUAAAUUGAAGAAACCAAGCAAACUGAGCACUAAAUCUUCUGAAACACCAUCAUUUUGAUGCACGUCUUAUUCUGAAGUGUUCAAAUGGAUCUUAGUCUCACUAUGAGAACGUGUUGCUUUGUUGUAUCAAUUGUAAGAUCAGAGUGGGCCACUAUUUGGCACAGCUUGAUUGUUCUUCAUGCACUUUUUGUUUUUUUCCGUGCCACAAGGCAAGCGCUUAAAGCUACAGGCCGACCGUUCGAGCUACACAUAUCUAAAAACGUGCCAGUCCCAUUAAGUCUCGUAUUUGAUGUAUUCACCUCUACCUCUGUGAACCGUGAGAUGUUUUUUGGGCAUUUUAGGAUGGGUAGUCACAUGACAAGCACACUUCUUUCGUCCGUAGGGCACAGUCAGUGAGGUUUGGAGGCCAAACUUUGUUCACUUAUUAGAUCUUGCCAACGACCUGCAUGUAUUUUCGACAAAUCAACACCUUUCUCAGGCCAAAAAAAAAAAAAAAAUUAUCUUCCUAAAAGGUUUGGCGAGUGGUACAUGGAAAAUAGCAUCUGUCCCGCUGUUGGCAAGAGAAAGAGUUGGCCUGUGGUGUUGUUUCAGUUCAGCAGUGGACAAGUGAAUACACAUAUCAGUUAUGAAGGCUUUGGCUGUUCUGGGUUUAACUUGUGCUAGAAAAUACCAUGCAAAUGCAUAAAUGCUUGAGCAAAGCAUUGCAAACUUGUCUUGUGGAUAAUCCUCAGUACUCAAGAGGGUGCUAGAGUUUCCUUUAAAUACCUGUGCCAUUAAACCGGAUGUUAUUAUUCCUUAAGGAAAAUUGGCUGUGGAAGUUGCUUGAUUUUGGCAUCCACUUUCAACUCAAAAAUGGAUCUUACGCAUUCCUAUCUUUAUCUAGGAGCAUAAAAUAAGGUGUCUUGCCCUUUUAAGUUCUGUGUCCUUUUUAAUUCACACGAUGGUUGCAAAUGGAUUCAAUGAUUCAUUGCAUUUGAGUGCUUGUAAAGACUCGCUCAGCAAGAUGCAGUGAACAUAUGAAGCUUGCUGCCCCAUUGCAGACAUCAGAGCGAGACUAUUGUGUUAUUUCCAUGUAAACAUGUUUACUGGUACGGUUAGAUGCAUCUGUGGUGGACGGUCGAAUGGUCUUUAAAAUUAGAUUUUUGCUUUCAUCCCCUGUUCUUUCAUUGUUAUGCAUAACCUGAAAGCUGUUGUGUCCAGGACCACUUGAUCAUGUACAUUUUAUUUGGGUUUUCUCUCUCUCAUUCUUCCUCUGCUACUUUGUACCCUUUUAUUUUGUAAUUAUACCAAAUGUAAAUGUUGUAUAAUAUUGUGCGUGCCAAUCCCCUUCUCUGAGACUGACUCAUAACAAGUGCCAAUUGUUGUCCAAAUCACACACGGACCGUGAAAUUAGACACGGCCGUCUUUUAAAAAUGAGUAAAACACUAAAGAAAGUAAAUGGAUUUACUUUGUAUUUAAGUUAGAAGAUAAACUGCUGUUUUUCUCUUUUUUCUUUUUCUUUUUUUUAAGAAAUUGUAAUUAUUAAAGCAUGUGCUCUUUGUCCAGGUGGGAGUUUUGGGGCUCAGACAAACAUCGAAAUCCUCGAGACGAGGAAACAUAGUGGAAAUUUAUUUUACGACAUUUUCUCGCCAUAUUUUAUUGUUGUUUUUAUUUGUAUUUGUUUCAUUUCAACCACUGUUGCCUGAACCUCAUUCAAACAUGGAAAUGAUUUUCAUAACCGCCUUCUAAAAAAAAAAAAAAAAAAAAAAAAUUAUAAAGUAUCUGUUUUAAAUUUAAAUAAAUUUGUUCCUAUACUUGCU